AUGGAGGCCAAAAAACGGUACGAGGAGAACAGAGAACGCUCUUUUCAAGAGCACUGGUGCAAAGAUCGACCGUGGCUCCAGUACAAAAAUGGCAACAUGUUCUGUAGUUGGUGUACAGACACAGCAGUGACACCCAAAGAUAAAUUGUGCAAUUUUGUUGAAGGUGCAAAUGUUCUUAAACUUGAAACAAUUAAAGUGCAUGAAAAAACCAAACUACAUGAGCGUAGUACUGUCAAAUUUUCCAGUUCUACUCAAGAUGUGACCGAGACCAAGGCUGACAGGUGUCUCAUUCAGUUGAAAAAAGCUGACUAUGACAAAUUAGCUAUAAAAUUUAGAACAGCUCAUUAUAUUGCCAAGCGUAAUAAGUCUUUUAGGGACUAUGUUGACAUUUGCCAACUUGACAAGGCAAAGGGAUUGGACAUAGGAGAGUCCUAUGUCAAUGACAAAGGAGCAGCCAUUCUCAUGUCAAACAUUGCCCAUGUCACUCUGCAGCCAGUUAUUGAGAGACUUAAGUCUGCCAAUUUUUUCUCCUUUACCUGUGACGGCAGUGCUGACUUCACGGGCGAGGACAUGGAGAUAGUGUAUGUCCGAACUGCUGUAAAAGGAGGGGUUGCAGACCAAUUUUUGAACAUUGGAUGUGCACAAUCUGCAACAUCUGCAGAUAUCCACAGCCACAUCAUCAAGACAUUCUUCUCACUUGGUCUUGAGGAAGAGUUUGAGAAAAAGCUGGUUGGUUUCUGCUCAGAUGGGGCAGCUAACAUGCAGGGUUCCAAGUCUGGAUUAGCAGCUCUGUUAAAGCACACACGACCCUACCUUGUCUCUAUCCAUUGUCUGGCGCAUCGUCUUGAACUGUCAUUCAAAGAUACGGUGAAAAAGAGCAAGGUGUACGAGAAGGCAAUGGUUCUCCUUAUAGGCCUGUAUUAUCUAUACAGAAAGAGCCCCAAACUGAAAAAUGGCCUAAAGGAAAGCUUUCUGGCUCUAAAGCAGAAGCAGGUUCUUCCUACUCGUGUAGGUGGUACAAGGUGGCUUCCGCAUCUUGACAAGGCAGUGGAUGCCUUUUUUAAGGGUUAUCAAGCCAUACGACAUCAUUUGGAAUCAGCUUCUCACACAUCACCCAAGGCGGAAGGGCUGGCCAAGAUAGCUGCAGAUGGUAAUGUCAUCACAUUCCUGCUCUGUUUGAAGGUAGUUCUGUAUCCACUGGUGACUCUCAGCAAAACCCUGCAAAGAGAGAACCUGACUUUGGCAGAUGCGAACUCACAGAUGUCGGCAACACGAACUGUCCUGUCGCAGUUGAAGGAAGAGAAGCAUACUUCAAUACAAGAAGUAUUGGAGUCAGCCCAAUACAAAGGGGAAAAACUUAAAUUUGCUGGCCAUAAGACGGGUAUUGUAGUGCCAACGAUAGCUGGGGAGCUGAUUGACAACAUCACCAGCAGAUUCCCAGAUAAUGUUGAUGUGGCAGUAGCUGCAAAAUACAUCAUUAACUUUAAGAAUUGGCCAAACUGUGCUACUCACCUGAAAGACUUUGGAACGGAUGCAAUUCGAGCAGUUGUUGAGCAGUUUCGCUCUGUCUUAGAGGAUACAGACUGUGAUUCAGACAGAAUUGUCAGCCAGUGGCAGCUUCUCAAGGCGCUCAUUAUUGAGAAGUUUCCAAAGGAGUUUACUGACACCCCGGAAGGCCAACUGAGCUGGACAUCUGUUUACAAAGCUGUCUCUGACUCUGGAUUUGAUGACAUCCUCAAAGUGAUAGAACUUCUUCGGAGCCUUCCAUCCACUUCAGUUCGAAAUGAGUGCGGAUUCUCAAUCAUGAAGCUGGCAAAGACGAAAAGGCGUGGACGGCUUAAUAUCAACAGUCUCAACAACCUCAUGGUUGUAAACCAGCUGGGGCAAUCUAUCGCAGAAUUUGAUCUAAGGCCAGCCAUAGAGAACUUCAUGGUCACUCCAUCAGGCCGUCAGCGCAGAGUCCAGGGGUACAAGCGGAAGUCCUCAGCACCUGAGGCUGAUUACAUCCACAUUGAUGAGGAGGAUGAGGUUCAGCAUGCAGAGUUGGAUAUUAACGAGGAUGGUCUGCUUGCUGAAUGUUACAACAGCGAUGAUGAAGAAGAAAGUGAUGAGGAUGAUGAGAUUGAUGAAGAUCAUGUUAACAAACUUAUCUGUCUUUAUUCUAGUGACUGAUUAUGCUACUAUUCAAAUGUUCUGCUUUACUAUGACGUAUGAGUUGCAUUAAAGUGCUAAAAUGUU